AUCCACAUAUAUCGAUUGUUGAACGCUUCGAUACAUGAGUAGCCUCAACGCUUUUGCACAUCGCCAAUCGCCGAAAAGACUGGAGCGCACGCAAAUAACAAAAAAAGAAAAAUCGUGAUUUUUUUCCCCUUUAUAACUACAUCAUGAUGGAUGAGCAACUUAUUGAUGAAGUAGCUCACCACGGCGUCAUAUACAAUCGCCAAAAGUAUUAUUUAAAUGGCAGCACCAGCGGCGGCAAAUACGAGACCAAGGACGAGGCUUGGCAACUCAUUGCGCUGAAGCUGCGGACGGACGUGGAAACGUGUAAGAAGCGCUGGAAAUAUUUACGCGAACGUUAUGUAUCUCAGCGCAAACAAGGCGACCCACCUGUUUAUGAGCAUCUAUCCCGUCCGUAUUUGGAGAAAAUGAAAUUCCUGGAUCAGCAUAUACAGCCUCGUAAAUCCUACCGAAAUGUGCCCAACUUUUUGACCUCACCACAAUCGGCGAAUAGCUCCAAUUAUAGUGAAUAUAAUGUGGACUCCAAGUCGAAUAGCUCACACAAGAAUAUGUCGCAUUUCGCUGGCCAGAACCAUCAUUAUCAUCAACAGCAGCAGCAGUCGGGGUCUGUAGAUCAGCAACAUCCAAUGAAUGCACUCAGCACUGCUGCAGCCUCAGCUCUAGAGAAUGUUAACGGACAAGUGAAAAUAGAGGCGGAAAUAUUUAGAGAUUUUGCUGCUGCUGUAGCCUCACAGCAACUGCAGCAUAUCUCACAAUCGCAAAUGCAACAGCAACAGGCGGCGGCUGUAGCCGCAGUCAUGGCAGACUCAUCGCAGGGCUAUCAGGAACCGAUAAUGAAUGGCGCCGGCAGCACAGGUGGCCUUACCUCGACGUCUUCCUCAAUGAAAUCACCGUUGUCCUCUCCGCUGCCCGGUUUGGGUGUAACUCAGAAUACACAGCAGGAGGAGCAGGCGACUGCAGUAGCGUCCCAACAGCCAGCUGUACAUUCCUCAUCCAGUGUGCAGGGGGGUUAUAGUCAUAAGACCAGCGAUGAAAUGCAUUCCUCAUCCAACUAUCACAAUAAGAAGCCCCGCGUGCAGCUAAACUCCAAUGGUGUCAGCAAUCAUGUACAGCAUGCCAGCAAUGGUAUAUCUAAUCCUAAUGGACAUUUUGGCCAAGACAGCGACGAUGAUUCGGAUGAUAACAGCAAUGAUUUAAUGGAACCACAGACAAUGCUACAGCAUGAAAAUCACUACAAUAAUUCUCUCAAUAUGCAGCGCAAUAACUCAAAUGGAAAUGUCAACAAUAAUAGUAAUCAACAGCAACAGCAGCAGCAGCAGCAGCAACAACAGCAGCAACAGCAGCAGCAACAACAUCAGCAACAACAACAACAACCGCAACAUACGAAUAUGUUUCCAACUAAUACGGAUUUCCUCUUCCAGCUUUAUCAGCAGCUGCCACAGCAACAGUCUGCAGGCACCUCGCAUGCUUCCAACUAUGGUAAAUUCCAAACGCCAACAAAUCCACAUGGCAUACAGCGCUCCUCGGAGCAUUUGCUUGGUGAGCUGGUCACCACGGAGCUAUUGAAAAUGAAUAAGGAUCGUCGAAAAAAUGUACAAAAAAGAAUAUUGGAAAUACUCUUCUUUGAUGAUUAGGCAGCAGGGCACCGGUGCUCUACAGUAUUAAGGGUUUCUUUUGUACAUAGUGUAUAUAGGGUAUAUGCUUGUCUACUUUACUA